CUUUGUUUGUUGUUGCACUUAGAAAUCAUUGUCGCAUUGGGAAUCAUUGUGGAAACACUUGGUCCCACAACCAGGAUUUGACUUUCCCCUUGAAGGUCAGGAGGGAGGGGGCUGAUCUAAUUUCCCUAGGGAGAGAGUUUCAUAACCGAGGGGUCACCACCAAGAAGGCCCUGUCUCUCAUCCCCACCGGUCCUGCCUGGGAGGGGGUGGGAUCGAGAGCGGGGCCUCUCCGGACAAUCUUAAUCUCUGAGAUGGUUAAUAGGGAGAGAUACGUUUGGACACACCAUUUUAGUUCGUCUUUAGCACAUCAUUUUAGUUUUGGCCACCAUAUGGUCUCCUGAGCAAAUGCAGACGUUUUACAAAUCUAAAACUUCCUGCCUUUACAAUGUUUAUGUUUUCCCAUUCUUGUUACCUUUCUUUGAAUUUUGUCAAUGUCCGUUCUAAAAUGGGAUGAAUUGAGCAGAACAGGGCAGGAAUCACGUAUCCCACCCCACCCCAGGUAUUGCUGGACUGCAAUCCCCUGUAUCCCAUGUGUUUCUGUGAAGGAAGGGUUGAUGGAAGUUGGAGUGCAGAAACAUCUGGAGGACAGGAGGAUUCCCACUCACCCUGGGGUCCAUCCAUCCAUCUCCUCUCUCUCAUGCUGAGUGCCUUCCACCCUGUGCUUGUGCAUCCCUAUCUUAACCUUUGUGGUCUCAGUGUAGAAGUUUGCAUUCUCCAUUGUUUUUCUCUUUGCAUUUGUUUUGCCUGAGGUUAUAUACCUUUAUGGUAUAGGUUUUGUACGAAUGCAAUACGUCAAGGAACUUUGCAGCCUAAUGUACUCUCAAUGUCUCCAGGUGCCUUGCUUUAGAAACGUGAGGCUGCAGGGAAAGAGAGGAUCAGGGAAAUAUAUUCUUCUUGAAUUGGAAGAAAUCUACACAAGACAAUAAAGUAUUGUUCUCCCAAGACUGAUCACUUGGGAUGGUCUGUCCAUACAGGUGGUCACUCACAUUCUGAGUUGGGAUGUGAGGAAGUAGGAUCUAGACAGGAAAUGCUUUGCAACCAAAGCCCCUUUCUGUGCUGACCAUAUUAUUAGAGGUCUUCCUUUACAAAGGUUGGAUUACACACUUAACACAUUGCAGUGCAAGAAAUCUCAUUCACAGAAUCUUGGACCACCAUCCCCUUUGUAUCUGAGCAGGAAAUUUUCUAUGUUUGGCAAUUGGCUCUUCUGAGUUGAACCAAACUUUCUCCCUUCUUCCCCUGCAUUUGCUACAGCACUAGGCUAUUGUUCUUCAUGUCCAGUGAGAUCUUUCUUUGCUCCAUUCCUAAUGAGAUUGUCCUCUCAUUCUUCUGGCAGGUAUCCUCUGAAUGAACCUUGUGAAGGACGUUUUGCCCAUUGCCUUAGGUCUGAAAUGAAAGUACACAGCACUGACAAGAACAGAAAAUAAGAGAAAUUAUAUUUCAAAGGGAGGGUUGUACUCUAAAAAGAGAGGCUUGGUAAAGUGAAAAGAAGACUACAACAAUACAAAGACUGAGAAGAGGGAAUCCUGUCCUCUUCAGGAGAACAUAUUUGUGAACUUCUGGCAUGAUAUUUGAAUCAUAAAUGUAACAGAAUGGAAAAUCUCCAUUCCUUGUCAAAAUCACACACAGGAGAGAAGCGACAUAAUUGUAUGGACUGUGGAAAAUGUUUCAUUGGGAGAAGUUCUCUUACUAAACAUCAACAAACUCACACAGGAGAGAAUCCACGUAAAUGCAUGGAAUGUGGAAAGAGCUUCAAUCACAGUGUCAGUCUGUGUGUCCAUCAAAGAACCCAUACAGGGGAGAAGCCUCAUAAAUGUAUAGAAUGUGGAAAGAGCUUCAGUGAGAGUGGACAUCUGCGCUCCCAUCUAAGGACCCACACAGGGGAGAAGCCUCAUAAAUGCAUGGAAUGUGGAAAGAGCUUCAGUCAGAGUGGAGAUCUACGAUCCCAUCAGAGGACCCAUACAGGGGAGAAGCCUCAUAAAUGCAUGGAAUGUGGAAAGAGCUUCAGUCAGAGUGGACAUCUGCAUCUCCAUCAAAGGACCCACAGAGGGGAGAAGCCUCAUAAAUGCAUGGAAUGUGGAAAGAGCUUCAGUCAAAGUGGAGAUCUACGAUCCCAUCAGAGGACCCACACAGGGGAGAAGCCUCAUAAAUGCAUGGAAUGUGGAAAGAGCUUCAGUCAGAAUGGAAAUCUGCGUUUACAUCAAAGGAUCCACACGGGGGAGAAGCCACAUAAAUGCAUGGAAUGUGGAAAGAGCUUCAGUGAGAGUGGACAUCUGCGCUCCCAUCAAAGGACCCAUACAGGGGAGAAGCCUCAUAAAUGCAUGGAAUGUGGAAAGAGCUUCAGCGAGAGUGGAAAUCUGCGCAGCCAUCAAAGGACCCAUACAGGGGAGAAGCCUCAUAAAUGCAUGGAAUGUGGAAAGAGCUUCAGUCAGAGUGCACAUCUGCGUUUCCAUCAAAAGAUCCACACAGGGGAGAAGCCACAUAAAUGCAUGGAAUGUGGAAAGAGCUUCAGUCAGAGUAGAAGUCUGCGUUCCCAUCAAAGGACCCAUACAGGGGAGAAGCCACAUAAAUGCAUGGAAUGUGGAAAGAGCUUCAGUCACAGUGCCAGUCUGCGUGUCCAUCUAAGGACCCACAGAGGGGAGAAGCCUCAUAAAUGCAUGGAAUGUGGAAAGAGCUUCAGUCAGAGUGGACAUCUGCAUCUCCAUCAAAGGACCCACACAGGGGAGAAGCCUCAUAAAUGCAUGGAAUGUGGAAAGAGCUUCAGUCAAAGUGGAGAUCUACGAUCCCAUCAGAGGACCCACACAGGGGAGAAGCCACAUAAAUGCAUGGAAUGUGGAAAGAGCUUCAGUGAGAGUGGACAUCUGCGCUCCCAUCUAAGGACCCAUACAGGGGAGAAGCCUCAUAAAUGCAUGGAAUGUGGAAAGAGCUUCACUCAGAGUGCACAUCUGCGUUCCCAUCAAAGGAUCCACACAGGGGAGAAACCACAUAAAUGCAUGGAAUGUGGAAAGAGCUUCAGUCAGAGUAGACAUCUGCGUUCCCAUCAAAGAACCCAUACACACAGGUAGAGCAGACUGCCUUUAUGUUUCCUAGUUCUGGUAAAAUAUUUCCCCAGGCAAGGGUCCCAGGCAGACAAAAAUGGGAGAAUGAACAGAAGAAGGAACUUGCUCUCUAUCUGUUAUGUACAGCAAUUUGUGUGGUCUGGCUCACAAAUUGCAUAGAGAAUAGAAGACAAAGAGUGAUGACAUCAGCUGGUGAAGAUUAUUGAAUCUGUUGAGAUAGACAAUUUACCAUAUAAGCCGACUCGAAUAUAAGCCAAGGCGCCUAAUUUUACCACAAAAAACUGGGAAAACGUAUUGACUCGAGUAUAAACCAAGAGUGGGAAAUGCAGCAGCUACUGGUAAAUUUCAAAAUAAAAGUAGUUACCAAUAAAAUUACAUUAAUUGAAGCAUCAGUAGGUUAAAUGUUUUUGAAAUUUUACCAUAUUUCAAAGAAAAACAGUAAACUAGGUCUGUAAGGGGGAAAGGAGGGUCAACAAAAACCACAUGGUAUCAACAAUAACUUUAGAAGUAUUGGGAUCCAUUUAUAACAGGAUAAAAAAGAGACUUUGAAAAAGACUGUCUUUCAAGAUGUUCCCCUGCUCCUUCUUUCCUUUCCCAAUAUCCAAGACGGCCGUCUUCUUAAUGUAUCCCUUGCAAUAUCCAAGAUGGCUCAUUGCUACAGAACCUUGGGAGCUGUAAUUUGGUAUGGUACCGUCAUUCUUUGGCAGAGAAAUCUAAAUUGUAGGAGUUGAUAUUCAAUCAUUUCUCCUUCCCAUAGAGUAUUUUAUACACACUUUUAACUAUGAUUUAUUUGUUAUUUUAUUGUGUUGUGUUUUUAUGAUUGUCUAUGGCAGUGGUUCCCAAACGUAUUUGGCCUACUGCCCCCUUUCCUGAAAAAAUAUGACUCAGCACCCCCUGGAAAGGGGCGUGGCUUAGAGGGCUGGGCGUGGCUCUUGCUCAAGAGGGCGGGGCUGAGCCUCUCCCCUAGUCCAAGAUGCAGGUCUGGGAGGGGGAGGGGGAGGUAGGUGGGGCCACAAAUGGGAGGCCAGGACUGGGAUGGGUGGAGUUACAAGCUCUGAGGCAGGGCUGAGCUUCUGUCCCUAUCUUGGAUGCAGGGGGCAGGGCUAGAGGAGAGGGCGGGGCCUCUUCCCAAGUGCCUGACGGGGCUGAACCUCUCUACCCCAUCCCUGUGUUCUCACAAGCGCCUCAGGGGAGGUAUACAGAGGCUCAGCCCUGUCUCGUGCUCUUGGGAGGAGGCCCCGCCCCUAGCUCCACCCUUUAGUCCUAAAAGGCCUCUCAGGAAAGGCUCAGCCCUGUCUCAGGCUCUUUGGAAGAAGCCACGCCCACUCCUCUAGCCCCACCCCCUGUGUCCUAACAGGCACCUCAGGGACUCAGCCCUGUCUUCCGCACUUAGGAAAAGGCCCCGCCCCUCCCCUAGCCCCGCCCCCAUCUCCUAACAGGUACCAUCACCGCCCCCCUGGAUCGCUGGUCUAUGGCAUUGAAUAUUUGCCUUUGCAUUUGGAAGCCGCCUUGAGACCUUUCAGAGAAAGAGGGUGGGUUAGAAAUAAAUUAUUACUAUUAUAAAAUACCUGGAGGGCUGAAGUUUGCCCAUGUCUGCUCUAUGCUGCACUUUCCUGACCAGGCUUUGCCCCAUGUAAGCUGCCCCUAGUCCCUUCGGGGAGAUGGGGCGGGGUAUAAGAAUAAAAUUAUUAUUAUUAUUAUUAUUAUUAUUAUUAUUAUUAUUUCCCAUCAUCAUCAUCAUCAUCAUCAUCAUUGAAUUACUUAUUAAUCGCCCUCCAUCCACGAUGCUCUAGGCGAUUUAUAAGAUAAAAUUGUAAAGGAUAAAAAUACAUACAUACAAAUAUUGAUUUAAAAAAAUUAAAAUAGAUUAAAAGCUCUAGUAAAGAGCCAGGUCUUGAGUGCAAGGGUAAAAGGCCCUAACUCCCGCAUGGCUCUCAUCUAGGGCGGCAAGGCAUUCCAUAAGGCAGGGGCAGAAACAGAAAAAGCUCUGCGCCUGGUCCUUUCCAAGUGCACUUCUCUAGGACCCGGUACAUAGAGUAAGUCUCGUUGGGAUGGUCGUUGUGACCUCCGAUGAUGAGAGAAGGAGAGACGGUCCCUAAGAUACGAUGGGCCCUGGCCGUAAAGAGUUUUAAAAGUCAGGACUAGUAUUUUAUAUAGACCACGGUAAUCAAUUGGAAGCCAAUGCAGAUGCUGCAGCACUGGUGUGAUGUGGCAUUUCAUGGGUGUUCUUGUGAGUAGCCUGGCUGCCGCAUUCUGCACAAUACGGAGCUUUCGGGUCGUGGACAUCGGAAGGCCAACAUACAGGGCGUUGCAAUAGUCCAGCCUAGACGUGACCGUGGCAUGGAUGACUGUUGCCAGAGCCUCAUCAGAUAGAUAGGGUGCCAGUUGCCUCGCUUGUUGUAGGUGGAAAAAGGCCUGUUUGCACAACCUGCUAUUGAGAUGGAUCAAUAAUAAUCACAACCUGCUAUUGAGAUGGAUGCAUGAUUAAGACAUUAUUUUCAGCUUACUAUAUAUGUUUUGGCUGAGGGGGCAGAAAUUGCCUUAAAGCCAUCUUGUGCAGCUUCCAAAACCCAACAGUUGAGCACAUUUUGCACUACAGCCAGAUAUUUUCAAGGUUGUGCCCAAAGGGCUUGGCGAAUAUAACCUUUUCUGAGAUGGAUCCAAAUCAGGCAUGGACAAAUUUUGGCCCUCCAGGUGUUUUGGACUUCAACUACAACAAUUCCCAAAGGACCCGGUAUUUGGGCAGCUUCCUUAUUUGGCCAGUAUUUGAGAACACAGAAAUGCUGGACCACUCUCACAACCACCAUGUCAGACGACACAGAGAAGCCAUUGAAAUCCACAAGAAGCAGGUGGACAAUUUCAACAGAGAGGAGGAAACCAUGAAAAUGAACAAAAUCUGGCUCCCAGUAUUUUUUAAAAAAAACUAAAAUCAGGACAGUAAAUAAAGAACAACACUCAGAAAUGGGAAUUCCAGACAGGAGACAAUCAGGGUCAGCUAACACCUCCCAGCAAAGGAUUUACCCAGACAGGAAACAGCCAGGUUUUGAAGCUGCAAGGCUAUUCAGUGCUCCUCAAGGUGACCAAUUGCAACAUUCACACUUGUCUCCAACAGACAAGAGUUCUUUUCCCCAUCCUGGACAUGAUUCCACAGACAGAUAAACCUCACUUGCCUAGUUUUCCAACAGACCUCACAACCUCUGAGGAUGCCUGCCAUAGAUGUGGGCGAAGCGUCAGGAGAGAAUGCUUCUGAGACAUGGCCAGGCAGCCCGGAGAACUCACAGCAACCCAGCCAGUAGGCUGUUAGGAAUUGUGGGAGUCGAGUUGAAGUCCAAAACACCUGGAGGGCCAAGGCUUGCCCAUGCCUAUCUAAAUGCAACUUUUAAUCUUAAAGGGAAAAGUGCCCAGGAUUUUCUCACAUACUACAUAAAUAAAUGGUUGGCAUGUCUGGAGAAGAAUAGGAUGCUUCUAUAUCAGGCAUGGGCAAACUUUGGGGAAAAAACUUAAACGGGAUUGGACAAAGGUUGGAAUGAAGACGGAGAAUCUGGAAAGCGGAGAGUUUGAAAUGAAGAAGGAAAGGAUUAUGGAAGAAUUUAGAGAAAUAAAAUUGAUAUGGUUCCCUUGUAUUCAAUGGUUCAAAAAUUGGGUAAAGAAUAAUAAACAUAGAAGUAAGCUUAAUCAAUUUGAACAAACAAUACAAAAUGGAAGGGAUAGAGAGGAACAUAAAAAUGUGAAAGGAAUAACCAGUAAAUAUAUAUAAAAUAUUAAUUGAAAUAAACAAAGGGAAAGCAAAGAACAAGGAGAUUUGGGAAGAAGAUCUAAGAAUGAAAAUCAAUGAAACAGUGGUCACGAUGGGGACAAAGACAUUUGAAAAAAAAAUAUCAAUAUGAGUUAAAGAAAGUUAUCUGUUGAUAUGGAAAUGGUACUGAACACCAAUAAGAAUAGCAAAUAUAAAUAAAAACUACCCAAAAAUUGCUGGAGAGGAUGCCAAGAAUCGGGAACGUACAUACAUAUGUGGUGGCAGUGUCAAUAUGUAAAUAAUUUCUGGGGAAAGGUAUUUAGGGGAUAGAAGACACAAUGAACAUUGAAGUAGAAAGAAGUCUUAGCUUAGAUUUAUUAUAUAAUAAUAAACAGUUGGAAAAAGAGGACAAAGAUGUGAUAACAAACUUAUUAAACCUUGCAAGAGUGCUUAUAGCAAAGAAUUGGAAAAAGGAAAUAAAUAUACAGAUAAAAGAAUGGUAUAAGGAAAUAUGGAAACUGGCAAGAAAUGAUAGGUUGACAUGCAAAUUGAAAGUUAAAAGAGGGAUGUGGAAACAAAGUGAUUGUGAUGAUGUCUGGAGAAAAUGUAUUGGAAGGGGAUUCCAAAAAAAAAGAGGGAAAAUUACCUCCAGAAGAGGAAAUAAAAUGAAAUUUUGGACAGAUGAUAAAAGAAGUGGCUUGGGAGGAGGGAACACGGUGGUGAGGGUAAGAAAAUAUGUAUAAGCGUGAAAAUAACAGUAGGUGUCACAUGUUAAUGUAUUGUAGAUUGUAGUGAAUAUUUUGUGGGUACUGUAAUACAAGGGAUGUAUGAAAAAAAUAAAAAUUAAUAAAAAUA